AUGGCGGUGCCUAUCCUGAAGACGGCGAUCGUGAAGAAGAGGGUGAAGCACUUCAAGAGGGCGCACAGCGACCGCUACAUCGGCCUCAAGGUGAGACCCCGACCGCUCGCCGUUUUCCCGACCUCAGCUGAUUGCCAUGGAUGCCUGGCUGAAAUUGCAUGCUGCACUAUAUGCCAUCUAGGACAAAGCUGGCGCAGGCCAAAGGGUAUAGACUCCCGCGUCAGGCGGAAGUUCAAGGGAUGCACCUUGAUGCCCAACAUUGGAUAUGGUUCUAACAAGAAGACCAGGCACUACCUGCCAAACAAGUUCAAGAAGUUUGUGGUGCACAACGUCUCUGAGCUGGAGCUGCUUAUGAUGCACAACAGGACGUACUGUGCUGAGAUCGCGCACAACGUGUCCACGCAGAAGCGCAAGGCGAUAGUGGAGCGUGCCGCCCAGCUCGACGUCGUGGUCACCAACAAGCUCGCCAGGCUCCGCAGCCAGGAGGACGAGUGA